CUGCUGCUAGGUCGGGAGCAGCUCAUCACAUCAGCGUAGUAUUAGAUAGCGAGCGCACGGGAUGACGACGGGGGAGGACGCGGUCAUGGGCGCGGCGGCGAGCUCCGAGUGCAGCAGCGGCUGCCAGUCCGGCUGGACCACCUACCUGGACGACGACACCUCCUCCUACUCCCGCGGCGGCUCCACCGCGCGGCUCCACGGCGGCAAGGGGCAGCGGUGCCGCUCGUCCUGCCGCUCCGAGGACGCGGAGGAGGACGACCUGUCCAUGAUCUCCGACGCCUCCUCCGGCCCGCGCCACCAGUACUCGGCCGGCUCCGACGAAGGCGCCGCCGCGCAGGCCAAUGCACAGCGCGCGGAGAGGAGGCGUAGGACGGCGGAGCCUGCGGCGGCGAGGCGGCAGGGCAAGAUGGCCGCCGCCGUCGCGUCGACUCUGCUCGAGGACACGGCCAGCUCGCCGGCCUUCUUCAAGCACUCCAAGCAGGUGAUGGGCUCGCCGGAGGCCAAUGGCUACGGCGGGGCGGCCGGGUCGACGAUGGAGUACAGCAAUGCGGCCGACUUCUCCUCCACCUUCUUCUCCCCGGCGGGCUUCGAGUCUCCCUUGAGCGGAUCUCCUCUGGGCAGCUACCUGCAUGCGCAGUACUCCCCUGCCCCUGCCACCAAGCCGAUGCCCACACGACAGCAGGCGUGCAGGGACGGGGGUGACAAGAUGGAGAGGUGGUGAAGCCGGCCGUCGCUGUUGGUGCUGGCCAGGCCGUAGGGCGUUAUGCGGCUGCUCUGCUCCGUUCCGUCCUCGGAAGCCGGGAGGAGACGGGCAGCUAGGAGAAGAAUAGAAUAGAAUGAGUUUGCGUUGCGUUGCGAGAGUCUUUUUUUCAUGUCUCGAGGUUGAGUUUCUUCAGAUUAGUUUUGGUAGCCAGUAGCUUUUCCGCGUGUGUCCUGUGUUCACUUCACCAUGGCUGCAGUGCCUGUCGUUGCUCCCCGCUUUUGAGCUGUCAGCGCAGUGGGAAACAAUAACCUGAGGGGAAAGAAAGGAAAACACGAGCGAGUGUGAGAUCUUUUUUGCGCCA